AUGGGAAGAGACGCACAAGCCAAUUAUAUUCAUCUUACAAAGUCUCAUUAUGCCCUGUAUAUAAGCCACUGGGUCCAUGAUAAGCUUCCAAAUGAGGAUAUUGAAGCACCAGGAUUCCACUUGGAUGAGGAUGAAGAUGAUGAGAGUUCAGCUAUGCAACAAACAGCGUUUGGUUCACUAAAGUCCCAUAGAAAGGGUAAACAACAUUUAUGGAAAGAUAUGGAUCUACAGAAGUUUUUAAAUGAGGAUUUGGAGUCGGUUAAUAAGUUGGAAGAUAAUACUAUUUUGAAGAGAAUUGAUAACUUGCAUGAAUUUGAUUCACCAGAUGUGGCGAGUGGUCCUUCGCCAAAUACAUCUUCAAACAUCAAUCAAGAACAUACACAGCCGGCAACAUUACCUUCAUUUGAAAUCACAACUCCUAAUGUCACAAGAAAUAGAGUUUCACAAAGAAAUACUCAAAAUUAUCAAACUCCUAUAGGUAGAAUCAUGAGAUAA